AAUUAUGAUUAAUUAAAUCCAACAAAAACGCAGAAACAUCAGUAAUUGUAGAUCAAGACUAAAUAGUCAAUUAAUCGCUCUUUGUUAUCGAUAAAAAUUACAACUUGCCGGUUAAACACUACUUCCAGCAAAGUGCUUAGAUUCGACGAUAACUUUGUGAUAAGACAAGUCAAUAACUGCAUUUCUUUUAUGGUUUUUAAGAAGAAUUGUGUCAUUUUUUUAAGAUAAAUGCUUUGAUAUUCAAUUAAUUACAACAGAAGAAACAUUAUUGUUUCCAAACAGUAUUGACUGUUAGGGAACAAACUAUAUAUAAUAUGCAUGUGUAUAUAUAUAUAUAUUACAAUUAUUUGUUAUAUUCUGUGUGUUCUUUCAAAUAAAAUUAUUACAAUUUGGAUUAGAGAGCCUAACUUAUAUAGAUUCAGAUGCAGAAAGAUGCAGAAAUUUAAAAGGGCUCAAGCACAGAAUAAACUGUCUAUUGAAAGACAUUUGGAGGCCAAUGCAUUAUUAAAUUCGUCCAGUGAAGAGGAGGACGAGACAAAUGAGGAGGACGUCCAAAAUGUGGUGGGCAAAGUAUUGUCGGCAUACCAGGGACAGAGUACAGAUUCGGAGAAAGUGAUAUCAUAUCUGGUUAAUUCCUUUCAAAGCAGCAGUGCUGUUUGUUUGAUAUGUAUAUCGACUAUCAAGAAAAUAGAUCCAAUAUGGAACUGCGACAAGUGCUAUGCAUUUCUACACAUGUCCUGCAUUCUGCACUGGAUCAAUGACAGUUUGAGCUACAAACGGGUCAAAGGAAUUACACCAAUCUGGGGAUGUCCAAAAUGUCGUAUGGAGUACGAUCAGGAUCAGAUUCCAAAAUCAUACAAAUGUUUUUGCAAAAAGACCAUAGACCCUCUGCAUCAGCCCUGGGUGAUUCCACAUUCCUGCGGCGAGACCUGCGGUAAGCCUCUCCAACCAGAGUGUGGUCACAAAUGCGUGCUGCUCUGCCAUCCCGGUCCGUGUUCGCCUUGCGCCAAGAUGGUAUCAGUCAAGUGUUACUGCGGCAAGCUACCGGCGCAACCGCGACGUUGCAACGCCAAAAACUGGAGCUGCGGAACCGCGUGCAACAAAAAUCAUGAGUCUUGCUCACACACAUGUAACAGCCUGUGUCACGCUGGAGAAUGUCCUCCCUGUGCGGAAACGGUACUACUUAAAUGUCGUUGCAAGAGCAACGAGAAGGUGGGCAGGUGUCACGAAGGCACGUGGAUCUGCGAGAAGUCCUGCAACAGGAGAUUCUCUUGCAACGUGCACAGUUGUGAGAGCACUUGCCAUCAACCCGGUGACUGUGGCAACUGUCCCCUGGAAAAGAACAGAUGUUGUCCCUGCGGGAAAAAACGGUAUGAGAUCUCCUGCAGGCGGCAACAAGUGCCGACGUGCGGCGACACGUGCGGCAAGCUGUUGGACUGCCGGUCGCACUAUUGCAGCAUGAGAUGCCACACCGAUCGUUGCGGCCAGUGUCUGGAGGUCGUGAUGAAGGCGUGCAGAUGCGGCAGCUACAUGAAGGAGAUCGCUUGCGCGAAGGAGUUUCACUGCAACAAGAAGUGCAUGCAGACGCGCCUGUGCGGCAGACACUUGUGCAACAGGAAGUGCUGUGACUGCAUAUUGAAGAACACGUCCAAUCCCUGCGAAAAAACGUGCGAGAACACACUUAACUGCCGCAAGCACAAAUGCGCCGCGCCUUGCCACAGUGGUCCCUGCUAUCCGUGUACUCGAAUGGAUGUUAUACAAUGCAGAUGCGGCGGCAGCAAGAUAACGGUACCGUGCGGCACCAGGAAGAGAAUCAAGCCGCCGCCAUGCAAUAAGUCCUGCAAGAUUCCGCCUAUCUGUCACCACAGUAAAAGGGAAACACACAAGUGUCAUCAUGGCCCAUGCCCGCCGUGCAAGAAGGUCUGCGGGCUGACACACAAGAGAUGCGGCCACUCCUGUCCGGCUACGUGCCACACCAAGGUCUGGGUGAAGAUCAGAGCGAAUGGAGUGAAGGCGCAGCCACCCGUUGGACCCUGGGAGAAACCGAAGGACGUUAUGGAACUGAAGACUCUAUCGUGUCCACCGUGCGAGAUCUCCGUGCCCGUGACCUGUCUUGGCGGUCAUGAGACGCGCCCCUGGCCUUGUCACGUGUCGAAACCGAGCUCCUGCGGUAGACCUUGCGGCCAACGGUUGCCGUGCGAAAAUCACACCUGCGAGUUGACCUGUCACAAGCUGCAAACUUUCGACGAGUCCAGUGACGGUACUCCGUGCAUGGAAUGUGAGAAGGAAUGCAGUUUCGCGCGACCGCCAGGCUGUACUCACACAUGUCCCCAACCUUGUCAUCCAGCACCAUGUAAGCCUUGCAAGCAACUGGUGCGAGUCUCCUGCCAUUGUGGUAUCAGUACCCUUUACCGGCACUGCAUAAACUUGACGUCUGCGACAAGCAAGGAACGGGACGAGUUACUUAAAUGCGGAAACCAAUGCCCCAAAAAUUAUCUGUGCGGCCACCGUUGCAUCAAUGAUUGUCAUCCAGGAGAAUGUAAGGGCGGCGAGGAAUGCAACAAGAAAAUCAGAUUAUGGUGUAAAUGUAAACGAAUCAAGAAGGACUUUCUUUGUUCGCUUCUUCAAAAGGAACAGAUUACCGUAGAAUGCGACAAUAUAUGCGAGUCGUUGAAAAAUGAGAAAAGGGAGGCCCAGAAAGCUCUGAUAGCGAAAAAAUUGGAAGAGGAAGAGCUGCGUAAUCGGGAAGAAAUUGAGAAAUUCGAGAAGAAGUUUAAACCGCGACGAAAGAGAAAGGAUCGAUACGAAAACUCAAAGCAGUCCCAAAAGAAUGCAAGGAAUAAAUAUUGCAACGUGUGGAUUUUAGCGAUUAUCGCAAGUAUUAUAGGAAUAGUAAUAAUGUAUAUAACCGCCUCUGACUUAAGUGUACUUGGAUUGAGUUGAUUCUAUUCAAACUGAUCUCAAAGCUGUGACCAUUUGCGAUAAUAAUUAUUACUGAUAACUAAAAAAAAAAAUUGUGAUGUUUAUAUGUAUAUUACUGAUAAAAGCAUGAUUUCAUUUAUCUAGUUUAUAUCAUUAAUAGAAGUAAUGAUACAAUUGUAGCAUUCUCUUAUACAUACAUAUUUAUAAUUAAUAAUAAAGGCCUAGUAAUCACUCGGAGUAACUUUUAUUUUCCGAGAUUAAAGACUUGUAA